AUGAAGUCGGCCAUCUUCGCUGCUACCGUUCUCGCCCUCGGCGUCCUUGCCCAGGAGGGUCCCAAGAUCAACACCCCCACCGCCCUCGUCACCUGCCAGCCCUCCAAGAUCAGCUGGACUGGCGGUGUCCCGCCCUACUUCGUCUCGGCCCUUCCCGGUGGCCAGGCCGGUGCUGCUCCUCUCAAGGACUGGGGACAGCAGUCGGGCACCGAGCUCACCUGGGUCGUUGACCUCCCCGCCGGUACCUCGAUCUCGAUGCAGGUCAAGGACUCGAACGGUGACGUGAACUACGCCCAGGCCGUUGACGUCCGCGCCGGCUCGGACACCAAGUGCCUCGAGGGCGCUUCUGUCUCGUCGGGCUCGGACUCGGUUGGUCCCGCCGCUGGUUCCGGCUCGGCUGCUCCUGCUGGGUCGUCUGCUGCUGCCGACUCUGCCAGCUCGCCCGCCGCUGGUGCCGCCACCAAGCCCGCUAGCGCUGGCGCUUCGUCGGCUGCCGCCCCCGCUGGCUCGUCGGCCGCUGGCGGCGCCUCCGGCGCCGCGAAGCCCUCUGGCUCCGCCUCGGCCUCGGCCUCGGGUGGCGCGGCUCCUGCGUCCCAAUCGUCGGCUGGUCGCAUCGUUGCUUCGACUGGCCUCGUCGGUGCUGCUGCCCUCUUCCUCGCCGCCUUCCUCUAA